CUCUCAGUAGCAUCAUCUGUCUUGUGCGUUUAUCAGCCGACGCAAAAAUGGUGAAGGGACGCCAAGGAGAACGUGUAAGACUCUACGUUAGGGGAACCAUCUUGGGAUACAAAAGGUCCAAGUCCAACCAGUACCCAAACACAUCCCUUAUCCAGAUCGAAGGAGUCAACACUACAGAGGAGGUGACAUGGUACAAGGGAAAGAGGAUGGCUUACAUCUACAAGGCUAAGACCAAGAAGAACGGUAGCCACUACCGUUGCAUCUGGGGAAAGGUUACAAGGCCUCAUGGUAACAGCGGUGUUGUCCGUGCCAAAUUCACAUCCAACUUACCUCCCAAGUCCAUGGGAAUGAGGGUGAGAGUCUUCAUGUAUCCGAGCAACAUUUGAAGCAAAGGAAGACAGCAUAAACAUUGAUUUAGCUGUGGUUUUUGUCCACUAGUUCGUUAUUUUGUAUUUUGAUACUGGAAGCAUUUUCCUUUCUUUGUUUUAAGUGUUUUGGUGAUUAUCUGAACGACUUUAAAAUAUCAUGGAUUUGGUUUUUAAUCCCCAAUAAUAGAAUCUCUACUAUCUUUCUUUCA